AUGACCCCGGAAUGGACUACGUUACUACAUGAAACCAAGGCUGAUGGUGAUGGAUGGGCAGAAGUGAGGCUGAUCGUGAUGGAUGGGCAGAGGUUAGAGAACAGACUGGCACAGGACAGCCAGGCACAGGAUAGCCAGGCACAGGACAGCCAGGCACAGGACAGCCAGGCACAGGACAGCCAGGCACAGGACAGCCAGGCACAGGACAGCCAGGCACAGGACAGCCAGGCACAGGACAGCCAGGCACAGGACAGCCAGGCACAGGAUGAUCAGAGAGAAACCUGA